UAUACUCACUCUAGUCUCUUUUAUCUUUGAUAUAUUUAUUCAAUAUAAUGGCUUCAAAUGUUGAAUUUACUUGCUUUGUUCGUGGUCUUGAUCAGGACACUGAUGGAAAUGAUCUUAAGAUAAUGUUUUCAAAGUUUGGCAACGUGAUCGAUUCUAAAAUCAUUUACGAUCAUGUGACUGGAAAAUCAAGAAGAUUUGGAUUUGUUACUUUCGAGGAUGAGAAAUCCAUGAGAGAUGCCAUUAAGGAAAUGAAUGAUUAUAGUAAGAAAAAGAUUGGGUUCCAGUGCUUUGUUCACGGUCUGGAAUGUGAUACUGAUCCAAAGGGUCUUCACAAUGAACUUUCUGAUGGCGAAAUCAUCGAUUCAAUAUUGAGAGAUGCUCUUGGGGAUGAGAUCGACGGUUCUCAAAUCAACGUUGAAGAGUCUCGCAGCAAAUGUGUUAAUGUUGGAUCCAUCUCUGUGGAAGUGGCUAGGCCACGGCGCAGAAACAGGUCUGCUGAAGUUGCACUAGAGCUUGUGAGGUUGAUAAAUGAAAAGCGGAAGAUGGCCGGAUUAUAAGAGGUUUUGAUAUGAUAAUAAUAAAAUUUUUAUGUAAUCGCUAUCCGCAAUGUUACCAAAGGGAUCUUGAGUUGGCAUUCUCCGGAUUUGGCGACAUUAUCGAUUGCUUGAUUACAUUUUCUUUGGUUACUCUUUCUUACAUUUUCAAUAUCUGAUUGUCAUGACUUGAAGAAUUAUAUAUCUAAUAAAGCUUAUUGGUCUUU